CCGUGCGCGAGCUCCCACCCAGCCCCACUGACCUCCCCUCUCUCAUCUCUUCCAGAUCAUGGCUUUGGCGUUUUUCUUCGCCUUGUUGGCGCAGAGAUUGGCUUUUGUUGGUGAUGAGUUCGAUGCAGAAACACUUGAACGCAUGCGUCAGCGUGAGGUGUUUCUGCAAGAGCAGAUGAUACUGCAGUGGCAGCACGUAGAAAACCUGGGGCAGAGCUGGAUGGGCAUUCGUGCCUUGCUCUUCUCUGUGUUGCUUUACUGGAAUGUUUUUAGUCUGUUUGUUCUUCUCUUUUGGUUCAUGUGGAAGAUCUAUAAAAAGUUCCAGAGAGUUGAAGGCAGAGAUGAUGAGGAGAGCUCCAGCAGUGAGGAGGAGCAGCAGGAGCAGGAGCAAGAGGAAGUGGAAAAGGAGGACUUUUUCUUUGCUGAUAUGUUCUGGCCGACCCAAAGCCGUCAAGGCAACUGUGAACAUAUACUCUUGCUGUCUCGUCACCUCAUCCGUUUCUGUCAGCGUCUCCUGUCAGGUACUUUCUAUCCAGUGCCGCAGAUCCCCAUCGGAGUGGGCAGUGCCUAUGAAGGCUGGUGUCCCCCUGAGAAUGAACCCAUCUUCUGCCUGCUUGUGCCCCUGUCAGCCCCCCGUGGGCAUGUUUUCCACCUGGAUCUGGGCACCCCAGGGGAGCUGCCAGCAAGGAACUCCCGUAUCCGUGUAGAUCUGGAAUGCACGUGCGGGAGGGAGCAGGAGAUGGGUAUGCAGUGCUUCCUCCACAGCUCCAAGGAAGAGCUGGGAAAUCAGCACUCCGGCCUUCUACACGAACUCUGCACGGACUCCUACCUAGAUGCGGAAAAGAUUGCCUACUGGUUCUACGCUUUGAUCAAAAAUGCCUGGAAAUGCUUGCCUGACUCAACAACAACCAGAAUAAAUGUGGUGCUGCUCAGGCGCUCCUGCAAGCUUUCUGUGAGACGCUGCAACAAAAGAACCCUCACGGUUCAGACAAUUUUUGGUGUACAACAAGACGAUACAGACAUCUUUCUGACCAGCGAGGAGACAGAGGCUGUUAUUGUUCCCAGCAUGACCUGGCCACAGAGUUGUGCGGUGGCUGAGGCAAAGUUCUUCCAGCACGUAGCCACCAAUGCACAGGAUGACAAUUUCUACCUCAGAUAUAUGCAAGUGGCUGCCUAUAUCCUGGAGGGCCACACCUUCUCUUCCUAUGAAAUGAAGACCGUGGUCAUGCACCUCCUGACUGCCAUCCCUUUGGAAAGCUGGCAUGGGAUCUAUUUCCUGGAGCGGGUGGAUGACAUCUUGUGCUACCUGCGCUGAUGUGUGGAGGAGGUACGUCUGAACCAUUUCUUCGUAGGAAAUGAGGACGUGCCUGCGGAGAUUAUCUUGCCGGAGGAAUUCCGAACGUCCCAACCACUCAACCUCUUCCGGCACCUGGUGCAGAAUCCAGAGAGACAUGAGCAGGCACUGCAGGAUGUGGACGAGCUUCAAGAUCGGCUUGUAAGGCUGCUGCUCUAUAGGAAAUAA